UAUAAUAAUACAGUACAUGCAACUCGCAGUGUUCUGGACCUUGAAUUUGAGCCCAGAACGUAAAAAAGUUCGCUCGUUUAUAUUACCACGAUCAUAUUUCGAUUAGCUUUCACUUAUUUUGAUUCGAAAGAAGUAACACGGCCGGCAUUAAUUAAUCAUUCGAGAAAUUUAAUUCUAAGUGCAUAAAGGUGUGCUAGACCAACUAACCCUUAGACGAGCAGCAUGAACGCACCGGUUACUCUGUAUCAUCGAUCGAACGAUGUUCAGCGCCAGGAUGCUAAGGACAUUCUCGAUGAGUACUCGAAAGUUAUAAAGUGGCGCAAGGACGGUCGGGAUUCUCUCUUGGAUAUCGGUUGUGGUAGUGGUGAUGUCAUGAUCGAUUUCAUUUUACCGAUCAUGCCGAAAAAUUUCAGUAAAUUGAUGGGUGUUGAUAUCGCUGAAGAUAUGGUGAAGCACGCCAAACUGCUCUAUCAAAGACCAAAAAUAUCUUUCGACAAGUGCAAUAUUGCCGGUGAUAUCAAAGCAAUUUUAGUUGAUCAUUCUGAGGGGUUUGAUCAUGUAACCUCAUUUUAUUGUUUGCAUUGGGAAUGGAAUCAAAAGAAAGCUAUAAAAAAUAUCUUUGAUUUGCUGAAACAUGAUGGCGACUGUCUCUUAGUAUUUCUGGCGAAACAUCCUAUAUUCGAUGUAUACAAGAAGCUCUCCCAAAACAACAAGUGGGCUCCUUUCAUGGAGGAUGUCGAUCGCUUUAUAUCACCAUAUCAUCACCGAGAAAACCCUGCGGCAGACUUCAACGAACUCUUAAAGUCGACCGGCUUCACAACAUAUAAUGUGAAAUUAGUUGAUAAGACUUAUGUUUACGGCGGUCUCAAUACCCUCAAACGUAACGUUUCAGCAAUUAACCCGUUUCUAGUGAACAUGUCGCCAAAUGAACGAGAAGAAUUUUUUGAGGAUUAUAUAAAGACCAUAAUUCACAUGAAUAUUAGUCAAAAGGACGAGGACGAAAACGACUAUAAAUUUAUAUCCUCGUAUAAACUUUUAGUAGCUUAUGCAAGAAAGUAGUUGUAU